GACAGACGCUAGGCGAGUACAAUGCCGUCGACCUGGAUAUCUUAUUGGAGAGAUGGUGUACCCAGGAGAAUAGGGAGUAUGCGGCGAAAAUGAAGAGCUUGCGAGCAUUAAAUGAUUCACCACAUUGCACCGGAUCAAUGAGCUAUGCCAGGUUGACACAUGAGGAGGCCGAACGUUUGGGCCAUCAACCUACUCGUGCACAAAAUUAUGUCAAGUCACACACGAAGAAGGGCGGUGGAUAUCCGAAUGAUAUUGUGAAGGAGAGAUGUGAAAAGAUGAAUGAGCUUAUACCCACCGACCCUGCAGCAUCGUCUAGCAUCACAGAGGGAACGGUCAGGUGGGCGCCAAACGACGCAUUCGCCCAGGCAAUGGGAAAUAAGCCUGAGUAUGCCGGUAGGGUAAUGGACAUCGUCGAGAGGAUGCUAUGGAUGUCAAUGAUCGAUAGUCUGGUUGAGAAUUUGAGGCUAUUCACUGUUGUGUAUAAGUUGAUGUAA